GUUGGCACCCACAGCACCCAAUACCGCGCCAGACCACAGGGUGCUGAAGAGUCCCAGCCUCACGGUUCCCGUUCUCCUUGAUGAGGCAGACGAAGACGUCCGUUAUGACAUCCUUCGUCAUACCUUCCGCUCCAUCCGUCAUGUCCGUGGCCUGAAGUGGCUGUAAAGUAUGUGGUCUGAAGAGAUUUGUAGGGACUGUGGCUUGAAGAGACUGUAGGGAUCUCAUUUUUAUUUUGCUGUGUCCCGGUAUCGGGGCGCAACCGAUCCCUCGAGCAUCUUCACCUCUCAACCAACAACAACAUCAAAAAACUGCUUGUUCAUUUGGGGCUAUUGAGAGAAAAGCCAUGGAGCCAACGCAUUUUCAACGGGAUACUUCAUGAGAAUAGUGGUUAAUGCAUCACGCACGCUACUGUAGUAGUAUGCUUGGAUUCUUCUUUGAGUUAUUUGCUGGUCUAUGGCAAUCCAUAUUGGCAAUGUUUGGGUUUGGCACAUACCAGCCGGCAGUUGAGGACAUGUUAGAAGUAUUUGUCAGGACUAACACUGGUGAAAAGGUCUUUAUUUCCAUCGAUCCAUCAUGGACAGUAGAGCAGGUGAAAAUAAAAUUGGCACCCAAACUCAACAGUUCCAGCAACGACUUAAGAAUUAUUUUUGCUGGAAAGGAAUUGCCAAAUGAAAUGGUCAUCCAACAAUGUGAUCUUGGAAAUCACAGUUUUCUUCAUGCAGUCAAAGUGGUGGCUAAAAAUAACAAUGGAGAUACAUCAAUGAGCGCAGCCUCGUCCUCUUCUGCCACUGAGGUGGAAUACUUGAAUGAAGCCGCAAGCUCUGAGAAAACUGCAGCAAAUGAUGAGUCUGUGAAAUUGCCAAGUAGAUCUGAUCAAUCAACACAUUUCACCACCAAAGACCCUGAGGAGCAGACAACUAAGGCUGAAAAUGAUACAGCAUUUGGAGCAUCUUUGCCACCUUCACAGUCCACUGAAUUUAUCCCUCCCUCCACUAAACUUAUACGGGGUGGUGGCGGCCGACUUCUUUGUGAUGCAUCGACAGUCAUGACGAUACAGAUGACUGAGGCAGAACAAAAGAGUAUUCGUGACCUUAAGACGUUGGAUGGAGAAGGUGAACGUCCCCACUUUUAUGUGUACUGUGUAAAGCCAUGUAACUCAGUUCAAGUGGGUAAACUGCGUGUAAGAUGUGCAUCUUGUAAACAAGGUGCGCUUACUCUGCAUCGGGAUCCCUGUAACUGGCAAGAUGUUCUGAAUCAUGGCCAGAUUAGUGCUACGUGUGAGACCGUUGGUUGCAGUGGUUCUGAAGCUGAAUUCUUCUUCAAGUGUCGAAAUCACAAAACUAGUGGAGAGGAUGAUACUUCAGUGGCGUUGUACUUGGUUCGUGCCAACCUUCCUGCUGUUCCCUGUUUGGCUUGUACAGACGUUUCAUCACCUGUUGUUGUGUUUGAAUGCAUAGAUGCUCAUGUAAUGUGCCUUGAUUGUUUUGUUACAUUUUGUGUGUCAAGACUUAAUGAACGACAGUUUAUACAAGAUCCAGAUCUGGGUUAUACAUUACCGUGUCCUAUUGGUUGUCCUAAUUCACUCAUUCGUGAAGUGCAUCAUUUCAAGUUAAUGGGUGACAACCAUUAUGAGAGAUAUCAACGAUGGGGUACUGAAGAGGCUGUAUUAGCUGCUGGAGGCGUAUUGUGCCCAUAUCCUGGUUGUGGCCAAGGCAUCAUUCCUGACCAAGACUGCCAUAGGGUUGUAUGUACAGGUGGAUGUGGCUAUGUUUUUUGUCGACUGUGCCUGCAAGGUUAUCAUAUAGGAGAAUGUCAUCCAGAGGAUGGGAAUGGACCUAAUAUUGUGGGAGGUAGUGGAGGAUUUACUGUUGACCCUUCCAGGGCUGCAAGUUCUCGCUGGGAUGAGGCCACAUCUGUUGCUAUUCGUGUUACUACUAAACCUUGUCCCAAAUGCCGGACACCUACAGAACGUGAUGGUGGAUGUAUGCACAUGGUGUGUACACGUGGUUCGUGUGGUUUUCAUUGGUGUUGGGUUUGUCAGACUGAGUGGACUCGUGAAUGCAUGGCAGCUCACUGGUUUGGAUAGCUUAUGAAUUUUAAGCAUAAACUGAAUAUUCUGUAUAUUUGUACAGUAAAACCCUGAAAAUACUCAUAAAAGAGAGAGGAUUGUAAUAAAAAAUUGGAAUAGAGAUGCCCUC